AUGGCUCACUCACACCUGUAUUCCUUCAUGUUCACCCAGGCCCCCCCAUGGCUCACCUGUGUCCCCAUGGCCUCAGCCCCCAAUCUGCAGCUCCAGCCCCUUAUCCCGUCUCCAUGGCUCACCCAGCCCCCAUGGCCACACACCUUCAUUUGUCUCCCACCCAGCCCCUGUGGCUCACCAGCCCCCAUGCCACCACCUAUAGCCCCCCCAUGGCUCACCAGCCCCUAUGUCGCCUGUAGCCUCAUGGCCCACCCAGUACUCUCAUGGCUCACCAGCCCCCCAUGGUCACCCACAGCCCCAUGGCCUCACCAGCGUAGCCCCCAUGGCCUCACCUGUACCCCAUGGCCCACCCAGAAUCCCCCAUGGCCCACCCAGACCCCCAUGGCCCACCUGUAG